AUGAAAGCAUCUUUUCUGCUUGGCCAUUCCGUGAAAUAUUUCUCUCCCAAUCUGUUCCUUUGCAGUUUCAAUUUGUCCAUAUUUAUCAGAAAACGUCAUUAUCUGGGAUCUGAGAGGCAGCGAGAGGACGGACGCUCUGUCGUAGUCGUGGAUACACGGAGAGAAGGGAUAAGAUCACAAAAUCGAUACCAGAAGCCCACAGAGGGCGCUGACGAAUUCAUUAGCAUUUUGUUCGCUUAGCCAUGUAAGAUCUGCAGCACUCGCUCUUACCAUCUCCAGCUAACAGACGAUGAAAACAGGUGUGUCUUGACCCUCCUCGGUUGUACCUGUUGGUUCCUCUGAUUACAGGUGCCUGUUACAACAUGAUCACCUCCCAGGUAUGUCCUUGACCUGUGUUGCCAACUGAUCUCAUAUCUUGAGCGGAAGUGACGUCACAGCCACCAUGUCUCUUAUUACGUCAUCCAGCGGAUACGUGGCAAGUAAUUGGGGGGGUGACAGCACCACCCAACAAGCCCCCCGUUAUGAGAGCGUCUCCCCUUACUACCCCCUGAUGGACCCUGAGGACAACCAGCAGGUCAUGCGUCUCACGUGGUUGAUGGUCCUCUUCAUCAUCAUGUACUGCAUCAUCUUCCUCCUGGGCAUCACCGGCAACUCCCUCGUGGUGUACGUCGUGCUGAGAAACAAGGCCAUGCAAACCAUUACAAACAUCUUCAUCACCAACCUGGCCGUGUCAGACAUUUUGAUCGCCCUCCUAGCAGUACCCUUCACUCCCAUCUCGUAUUUCCUGGAUUCCUGGGUGUUUGGAGAGGGACUCUGUCACAUCGUUCCCAUGAUCCUCUGCAUCAGCGUGUACGUCUCGACCCUGACCUCCACCGCCAUUGCCGUUGACCGGUAUUUCGUGAUUGUGUACCCCUUCAAACCGCGUAUGAAGAUCUACAUGUGUCUCUUGAUGAUUAUCGCUAUAUGGAUCAUUUCCGUGUCCAUUUCGUUACCGCUCGGAAUAUACCACGAGGUUGAGGUGACCAAUAAGACGGACAGCUACGCAUGCUCCGAGAAAUGGCCGCGAGUUCAAGCCCGGCAGUUUUUCACUGUAACCAGUCUAGUCUUACAGUACAUAGUGCCUUGCAGUAUAAUCACCUUCUGCUACACCAUGGUGUCCUUGGCCUUGAAGAAAAGAACGAAGGUCAAGAUUGGCUCAGGGUCAAGGACGCGGGAGCGGGAUGAACUGGAGAUUAAAAGAAAAAAGCGUACCAACAGAAUGUUGAUUGCCAUGGUUACGAUAUUUGUGUGUUGCUGGAUGCCCUUGAAUGUUGUCCAUCUUGUCCGAGAGUAUGAGACGACCAUUGCUGUGUGGUACUAUUUCACUUUGAUAUUCUUCAUUGCCCAUGUCAUCGCAAUGAGCUCAACGAUAUAUAACCCUUUCCUGUAUGCCUGGAUGAAUGAUAACUUUAAGAAAGAGUUCAAACUGGUAGUACCAUGCCUCUUUUUCCCUUCACGUCAAAACAGUGCUUCGAACAGCUAUACACAGUACACUAACGUUGAGACACAGCCAUCAGUUAUUAUCAAUCGUUCUCCAGUCAGGAAUGGCAAUGACAAUUGCGCUAAGGAAACAAAAGCGGUUUACGAUGCAGAUUCGGAAAAGGUUCAUCUGAACAUAGCAGAGGAGGUCAAUAGAGUUGACGACACGUGAUC